AUGGGGAACUCUCUGCUAAGGGAAAACAGGUGGCCGCAGGACACUCAAGAAAUACCCUGGACUCCGAAAAAUCAAAGCCCCAAACAGAGAACAUCCAGAUGCUGUUACUGCUACUUUGCUGAAGGGUGUUUCUGCCUUCCAUGGAGAAAAAUAUGCAUCUUUAAAGCAAAACCAGAUUCCCCAGAGGAGAGUAAAGAAAUGUCAUCUGCUCCCACGCAGGACAGUGCUGACCAGAGCUCCUCGGAAGAUCUCUGCUACACCCUCAUUAAUCACAGCGUCCUUGGGGGAAAGUCAUCAGGGAUCUCUGCUGAGAGGUGCUAUGAGAACAUUUCCCUUAAAACCGAGACACCCAGGGAGUCCUUGGGAAAAACCGAGGUUUCAUAUGCACUUCUCCGUGUGCCUUCCUCUCCAAGGCAUUCGUCUUCCCCAGAAGAUGAAUAUGAACUCAUCAUACCUAGGAGAGUCUUCUCCUACUCCCUGCAACAGCCACAUCCACCAACACCACAUUUGGAGAACCGGGUUUCCUACUGA